AUGGAGCGUCCUCCCGGGUAUCAGCUGCAAGACCUUGCUACUCCUCAGUACGCUGCGAAUCCAGUGGAUCCACCUGAUGGUCUCCAAAGAGAUGCGGAGCAUUAUCCACAGCAUCAGCUACAUGACCCGCCCUUGACUUCGCCUUUGACUUCGCCUAGAGACGAAGCCGAUCACCGGCUGCUGGACGAUGGCCCUUACGAGCAACCGGGGUAUUACGCACCACCUCCGCCCCCAUCUUCUGUCUACAGUCUUACGGACACGGCUCUCUCAUCGCAUCCUCCAAACGCCGACUAUGGCGGCGAUUUUCACGACGAAGCCCACGACUACGGCUAUGACCAUGAGCCUGCACUCACGGAUAACAGCUGGGUACGACGGCAGCACACUGUUCGUCAAGGUGUCAAACGGUCCAAAACUCGCAAGAUCAAGCUGGUCCAGGGCUCAAUCUUGAGUGUCGACUAUCCCGUCCCAAGCGCUGUGCAGAAUGCUAUAGAGCCGCACCAUCGUAAUGCGGAAGGAACAUAUGAUGAAGAGUUCACUAAGCUACGCUAUACUGCAGCCACUUGUGAUCCUAACGAUUUCACUCUCGCCAAUGGUUACAAUCUUCGCCCAGCCAUGUUCAAUCGACACACAGAGCUACUUAUCGCCAUCACGUAUUACAACGAAGAUAAGGUUAGAAAGGACCCUUCUACAGCCCAAUUCUCAUCCCAGUAG